AGACCGGGCCAGCCCGCGCGCUCGCGCUAUGGCUGCUCCUGGUGGCUCUUCCUCUCGGCCAAUCUGUGGAAAUGUCCACACCAUCUGAACUGUUUGUAGAGGCUGGGACAGAUGCAAAGCUUCCAUGUAUCUUCACAUCAUCAGAAGAGAUCAGUCCUGCAACAUCUGUUACUUGGAGCUUUCUACCAGAGGGAUCAGUUCUUCUUCCUAAGCCAUUUUUCUAUUUCUCUGAUGGGAAAGAAUACAAUGGGAACAAUGCACCAUUCAGUGGCAAAAGUGGCUGGGAUGGAAACCUUGAUGAGAAAGAUGCAUCCAUCAAGAUAUCAAACAUGCAACCUGCUUAUAAUGGCACUUAUCUCUGUGAUGUUAAGAACCCUCCGGACAUAGUCACUGAGCCAGGACAAAUUGAAGUUAAAGUUUGGAAGAAAGAAAUAACACCAGUCCAUGAAAGAAUAGAAGCCAUCCCUGAAGAAGUAGACCUUGGCCCUGAAAAUACUACAGCCAGCCUCCGAACUUCCGGAGGAAUUUCAUUCAACAGGGCAUCACCCUGGCCACUAGUAUUUCCAUUCUGCUGUAUCUUAGCAUCUUUCGCAAACUCUUUGUUCUUAAAAUAA